AAUGUCUCACUGACAUUAAGAUAGAAGAUACAGAGGGAAAAGAAGAGACGUAUGUGACUAAUAUAAAGGCAGAAGAUAUAGAGGGAGAAGAAGAGACGUAUGUGACUGAUAUAAAGGCAGAAGAUAUAGAGGGAGAAGAAGAGACGUAUGUGACUGAUAUAAAGGCAGAAGAUAUAGAGGGAGAAGAAGAGACGUAUGUGACUGAUAUAAAGGCAGAAGAUACAGAGGGAGAAGAAGAGACGUAUGUGACUGAUAUAAAGGCAGAAGAUAUAGAGGGAGAAGAAGAGACGUAUGUGACUGAUAUGAAGGCAGAAGAUACAGAGGGAGAAGAAGAGACGUAUGUGAGUGGUGAUCAGCAGUGUAAGGAGGAGGAGAUCCCUACAGAUAUCAGCACAGAUGGACACACAAGCAGGAAUAUCUCAGAAGGACAUCUAAUGUUAUCCCUGGAUUGUGACAUAAAAGAUAAUGACAGUAGACAGGAUUCUCCAGGAGAUAACCCCAUUACCCCAAUUAUACAUCCAGCUCUAUCAGCUGGUCCCUCUGAUCCUGGGAAAUGUUCUCCUGAUCACUCUGAUAUUGGUGCAUCUGUUACAGCUCUGACAGUAGAUACAGUGUUUCCCUGUUCUAUAGAUGCCAACUAUUUUACACAGAACACAAAGCUUAUAACCCAUCAGCCAGUUAAAGCAGGCGAGAGGCCAUUUCCAUGUUCUGAGUGUGGGAAAUGUUUUACAUACAAAUCAGCUUUUGUUACACAUCAGAGAUAUCACACAGGUGAGAAACCAUUUCCAUGUUCUGAGUGUGGGAAAUGUUUUGCACGGAAAUCAAAUCUUGUUAAACAUCAGAGUAGUCACACAGGUGAGAGGCCAUUUUCUUGCUCUGAGUGCGAGAAAUGUUUUACACGGAAAUCAAAUCUUGUUAAACAUCAGAGUAGUCACACAGGUGAGAGACCAUUUCCAUGUUCUGAGUGUGGGCAAUGUUUUGCACAGAAAUCACAUCUUGUUACACAUCAGAGAAGCCACACAGGUGAGAAGCCUUUUCCAUGUUCUGAGUGUGGAAAAUGUUUUGCACAGAAAUCAAAUCUUGUUACACAUCAGAGAAGUCACACAGGUGAGAAGCGAUUUUCUUGCUCUGAGUGUGGGAAAUGUUUUGGACGCAAAUCAGAUCUUGUUACACAUCAGAGAAGUCACACAGAUAAGAAUCCAUUUCUAUGUUCUGAGUGUGGGGAAUGUUUUGCACACAAAUCAGAUCUUGUUAUACAUCAGAGAAGUCACAGAGGUGAGAAUCCAUAUCUAUGUUCUGAGUGUGGGAAAUGUUUUGCACACAAAUCACAUCUUGUUACACAUCAGAGAAGUCACACAGGUGAGAAGCCAUUUUAUUGCUCUGAGUGUGGGAAAUGUUUUACCCAGAAAUCAUGUCUUGUUAUACAUCAGAGAAGUCACACAGGUGAGAAGCCAUUUCCAUGUUCUGAGUGUGGGAAAUGUUUUGCACACAAAUCAGAUCUUGUUAUUCAUCACAGAAGUCACACAGGUGAGAAGCCAUUUUCUUGCUCUGAGUGCGGGAAAUGUUUUGCACAGAAAUCACAUCUUGUUACACAUCAGAGAAGUCACACAGGUGAGAAGCCAUUUUAUUGCUCUGAGUGUGGGAAAUGUUUUACCCAGAAAUCAAGUCUUGUUACACAUCAGAGAAGUCACACAGGUGAGAAGCCAUUUUAUUGCUCUGUGUGUGGGAAAUGUUUUACCCAGAAAUCAAGUCUUAUUAUACAUCAGAGAAGUCACACAGGUGAGAAGCCAUUUCCAUACUCUGAGAAAUAAAUCAGCUCUUGUUUCACACAACAGACAUCACUUAGGUGAGGAACCAUUUUAAUCUUCUGGAGUAUACUCAUCAUUGCCAUGCGUUUUUCUUCAAGGUUCUUAUCCUAUCUCCUAUGCUUUUUGCAAUAUACAUGCUACCACUGGGUGAAAUAAUCAGAUGUCAUGCCCUCAUCUACCACUGCUAUGCAGAUGACCUGUCUUUUGCUCCAGGUACCCAGUACCAAUCCUAAAUGGUUGUCUAGCUGAGCUCCAGGUGUUGGUGAUGCCAGUUGGCUGUGACUCAGUCCUGGUGAAACAGGUCUUUAUGAUAGAAGCUCACCACCAAAGGACAGGGCUACAGCUCAGCUUUGCCUACCAACCAGACUUACGCUUGGGGGUUCAGAGUUACAAAAUGCUGAUCAUGUGUGGAAUCUUGGUGUCCUGGGUGGUGGAGUGACACUUAGACAUCAGGUAUCUGCCACAAUCAGAUUGUCAUCUGAGGAACAUAGCCAGACUCCACCACUUAUUUCCCUCAGAAGAUCUACCUACAGUCAUACAUACACUUGUAUAAUCAC